AUGAAAGAAACCCUUAAUUAAUUCUCUACUAAUAGUUAAGAAUGCAAUCCCAAUCAAAGCCCCUCUCUUUAUUUGCAUUUGGAUUUGUGUUUUCGCAAAGCAGCAGCUUUCUUCAUAAUUCUUCAGAUCAUUAGGGAGAGUGAUUUAGUAAAUUGGCCAUUUCGGUUUUCUAAUGGCGCCCAUAGAUUGCUGUCAUUCUGUGGUUAUGGAAGCCAAAGGAAGAGUAUCAGAUAGAUGAAAUGGGCAAGAUAAAGAGCAUGUAAUUAAGCUGGAAUUGUUUCCUAUGGUACACGUUUAAUCAUUCCUAAUGUUCAUGUCCUUGUUCUUUGACAGGCUUGUUUGUGCGAGCAAUGGAUAAUUCAAGUGGAUCAUCGAACUUUCAACACAUAGGGAGAUGGACAGCGCUGCCCCAUAGAACACAGUUGCCACAGAUGCCCCCAUCCUUGAACCAUUAUAACUUGAAUCAUGAGGUAGGAUCAAUAGGAAACCCAAAACCUACAGGGGGACAGCCCACCCAAAGCAUUUCUUCUGAAAGCGUUCUCAUAGAGGAACCACCAUCUUGGUUUGAGGAACUUCUUAAUGAACCGGACACACCUAUGCAGAGAGGCCACCGGCGUUCAGCAAGCGACUCUCUUGCAUACUUGGGUGCAGUAGCUAAGGUAUCUAACACAAACGAGGAUCAUAAGUUCAAAAAUAGCUUCGCAUGGCCUUCUUUCGGCUCUUUAUGCAAUGCUUCCACCUACACAAGGCCAAGCUCUUUUGAUGAAAAUCAGAAUAGGGCAUGGGAAUCAUCUUUGAAUUGUUUGAACUACACAAGUGACCUUCCAUUGACAAGGGAUCAGCCAAACAUAAUAAAUGUUCAAGUCUCGGGAUCAUGUGCUCCUCCAGAUCAACCAGAUGGGGUGCCACCCAUAGCUACUAAAAAGCAAGAUUGUGCAGAAUCUAUUUCACAUAACCAAGAAGACUCUUCUGAACGAAGUGAUUCCUCUUCUGCUCAGCCUUCUUUGUCCAAGAAUGAUGCAAAACGUGCUAAACAGCAAUUUGCUCAACGUUCACGGCUCAGGAAACUUCAAUAUAUAGCAGAACUGGAAAUGAGCGUCCAGGUCUUACAGGCAGAAGGAUGUGAAAUUUCAGCUGCCGUUGAAUAUCUUGACCAGCACAAUCUUAUAUUAGGCAUGAAGAACCGAGCCCUGCAGCAACGGUUAGAAAGUUCAUCUCAGGAGUACCUCAUUAAACAAUUGGAACAGGAUAUGUUAGAGCGAGAAAUCAGAAGGCUUCAAAUUCUGUACCAGCAACAGCAACAGCAACAGCAACAGCAACAGCAACAGCAGCAGCAGCAGCAGUUCUCUGGUCAUCGUAGAGCCAAGAGUAGAAAUCUUGAUUCCCCAUUUUCGAACACUUCUGUAAAAACAUAAGGAAGCCAGUGUCAGUAGCAAUGCGGUUUGUGGCUCUCUCCACGUUCAAAUGUGGAGUUUCUAUUAUAGUAACAAUAAUGUUAUUUAUAUGUUUAUGUAA